CGAACGGUUCGGUCAGAGCGCCCACUUCCACUCACAACCAUCAACAACUUCUCGCCUAUCCAUAUCACGUAAAAUGCAUACCCAGCUCGUUUACUUUGCCCUGUUUGCUGGGCUUGCCGGUGCUGCCGGCUUGGAAAGCAAGUCCAUCUAUGCUGUGGAGGCUAUCAAAUCCAUCAUGCCUGGGGCCUUGACCGAUUGCUCGCAGUUCGAAUUCUCUAAGGAGUGCAGGACACCGGAGGAGGCUGCUCCGCAUCUGAUUAACUCCCUGAAGGGCCGCACCACAGGCGAGAUUGCUAUGAUCCUGUCGCUCAUCGGCGUCGAGAGCGGUGAUUUGAAGUUCAGGAUCAACCAUUUCCCAAGCCCAGGCCACCCCGACCAAGGCACUGCGAAUAUGAUGUCGCCCAUGUAUGUCAGCGAGUAUGCAAAAGACCUCAACUUGCCCAUCGACGGCAAGUCAGGGCCGGAGAUUUUGCAGCUUGUCAUAGCGGACGACUUCCGCAAUUUUGACUCUGCCCGUUGGUUCGUCGACAAGCAUUGCUCGGACGAGGUGAAGGCUAAAAUGAAGAUGGGCACCGACGAGGGGUACAGCGAUUAUAUCACAAAGUGCGUUGGCACCACCAUGGCGGAUGAUCGGCAACAGUAUUGGGACCGGGCCAAGAAGGCAUUUGACCUCAGUGGUUAGGUCCAGGCUAGAGACAGCGAUAUGGGGCUCAUAAAUGAGGAUGAAUGGUAGUCUGGGGCAAGCGGUGUCUUAUUCUGUUCCUUAUAUGUUACAUCUGGUGUUCGGGAAGCAGCAAAGCUGCCUUCGCUUCCCCGGGCAAUGAAAGGCUGGUUCUGGCUUCGGGUUGUGGCCUGUGUAGAUGCUAGAUAAUGCGUUGUACCGUAACUGAAAGAUGGAACGAAUCCUUUGCUGAAGA